GAGAGGAAAAGGAAAGAAAGCAGUCCGACGCGCAGAGAGGGAAGCCCGGUCCGCAGCUCCACUGAUGCUCGUCCCGGACUGAACCCAGACAUGCAUUCUGUAGGCAGGUCGUGGCUGCUGCUCACCGGCUUCAUUCUCUUCUAUAUCAUCUACCUGCUGUUCGGAGCGCUGGUUUUCUCCAGCAUCGAGCGGCCGGUGGAGGACAAGCUCCGACAUGACAUGGAAGCCCUGAAGCAGGAGUUUCUGAACCAGAGCUGCGUCAGCGCCGCGUCCCUCGAACGCUUUCUGGUCAAAGUCCUGACGGCCAACAAGUACGGCGUCUCCGUCCUCAGAAACUCCUCCGCCCCGUCAAACUGGGACCUGGCAUCCUCGAUGUUCUUCGCCAACACUCUGGUCACCACAGUCGGUUAUGGUCACACCACUCCUCUGUCUGACACUGGAAAAGGCUUCUCCAUCCUCUACGCCCUGAUCGGAGUCCCCUUCACCAUGCUGGUGCUCACCGCCUGCGUCCAGAGGCUCAUGUACCCCCUGGUCCUCGCUCCGGUCGGCCUCAUACAGCGUUCGGGCAUCGAGCCUCAGCCGGCCACCGUCGUCCACUUCCUGCUGCUGCUGGUUCUGGUGCUGCUGUCUUUCUUCGUGGCGCCGGCGGCCGUGUUCAGCACGGUGGAGGACUCCUGGUCGUUCUUGGAUGGGAUCUACUUCUGUUUCAUCUCGCUGUGCACCAUCGGGCUGGGGGACUUUGUUCCGGGGACGCAGCCUGGGCAGAGGUACAGGUCGCUGUACCAGGUCGCUGUCAUGGUCUACCUGUUCGUGGGUCUGAUGGUGAUGUACCUCCUGCUGCGCACCUUCCACAAAAUGGCCGACCUGCACGGCCUGACCACCUUCCUGCAGCUGCCGCGCUGUGAGGAGUCCGACCUGGACGAGGACAGGGAGCCCAUCGUGGACAGUGAACAUGAAGACCAGAUGCCCCCUUUCCUGACAGGAAAAGCUUCCAGCAAGCCCCUGGAGCCGGGAUCGCAGCCCUCGUACAACACCAUCAACAAAGGCUGAGCUGUGGGGAGGCAGAGAAGAGGGAAGAGGCUCUACCUCUGGUGACCCCUUGGUCUUGAACCAGUGCUAAAACACCCUGACUGCUGGGCUGAAUCUGAAUUCUUGACUUCAUUUUUUCCAUUUUGUCUUCUCUAGUCUCCUUGUUAAAAACAUCCGGAGGAGGAGCGAGCAUAUUAAAAAUGGGGAAUUGAGUUUGAGUUUUGAGAUUCAGCCUUUGUGAUAGCACCGACAAACAGGUGCACAUACGAAAGGACUAACUCGACUACGGCAACCCGCCUGGGCUGAAAGGCACAGAUGCUCCUUUUCCUCCUCAGCACUGGUGUAACCGCGGUGCGUUCACUGCACAGGCUUGGCUGGUGUGUUUACAGCCUCGGGAUAGCACAUGAAGGGCUCAGGCUUGUGUUACGUGGUUGUUUGUCUGUUUGAUUGAUCACUUUUGUGUGUAUUUGCAUGUUUUUCUGUCACACUUUUUGCUUUUUGUGCCACAGGUUUUGGUUGCUCAUUCAGGACUAACAAAUAUUGUAUAUAAUUGUGCUCAAACUAAACCUUGGUGCCAAACACAACCUGUGGGUGCACUUGUCAGUCUUUUACACGUUUAACUGCAUUUGUUUUUAUUUGGGUGCAUCGAUCAGCCCCUUCUCUUUACACUUCACAUCACGGCCGAAACACCUCCAGACUAUUGACCAGAUAUUUAAAGCCAGGAUUGGCCUUUGCUUGCUUUUGCCCCACUUUAAUGUGUCUUCACAAGCAUGAAUGAUCACAGCUGUGGUGAAAUGACAAGCGAAUCUACACCAACAUUAGAUCACUUCCUCAAACAAAAGGGUCAUAUGUGGAGCUACGUGGAACAUUUAAAACACCGGGGGCGCUAACUUGAACAUCUUUUAUAUUUAACCAGAUUUCCUGUGUGAAAGGAGUAACUUUCUUGUGUCUGGAUCAGCCUUGAAGAGUACACAUGAGCACUGAGGUUGCCUCAGGGUGUGGGCUGUCCUCCUUUAUGCUGCUUCCCCCUGGUGUCUACAUGUAUGAAGCACAUGUUACUGCACCUCCAGAACAGUAACACAUAGGCUCAAAGGGUUGGAAUAGAGGGACAGAGGAAAAGAAAAGAAAUAAAAAAUGACGGUAAAUAAAAGGUUUCAUUUUGGUGAUUGAGAUGUGAUUCAUUUCAAAGGAAAACCAAAUGCUGUUUGUCAAACCUGUUCUGUGUGAUUUACAAUGUCUGGGUUCAAACCACCAUAAUGAACAUUUGAAAUGCACUUUAAUGUUCACAGCAGAUAUUUUUCUUUUACCAUCAACGUUUUAGUCAAAUUAACAGGUUCAUUAUAUCCUGAUACUGUAAAAUAAGUUGUGUGUAUGUUGUUCCAGUUCAGUAGUUUCAGUUUAAUGCAUUCACAUUGGACCACCGUAAAUUAAAAGAAGGUUUGCUCUGUA